AUGAAGUCACACGUUAAGUAUUUUACCGAAAAACCAGAAUUAGCAUCCGGUGAUUCCCCCAAACUUCGAGGUAUCUCGAGAGUAAACACAGAUGACGGGAAGGUCAUCUGGAUCACCAAGAAAAGACAGGGUGUGAUGAAACCGCGCGGACACCGGGUCCCCCCAGCCUCAAGCCCGAAACAUUCUAAGCGAGGAAUCCUGGAUUACGCACCUUGGCUGUCUUACAUUGAUCCCCACGACUACAGAUAUCUGAUCAACCCCAAUUCGACCACUUGCCAGACCAGCGAUCGAGUUGAUUUGCUGGUACUUGUGACAUCUCACCCGGAGAAUUCUGAGCGACGGAAGGUCAUCCGUGAAACUUGGGGAGCUCCACGUGGCAGCACAGCAGCGUCAGCCGUUGUAAAGGUCCGUUUUCUUCUCGGAGUAACGACCCUCACUGGUGGACAAAGCGUAGGCGUACCGAGCGAUCUGCAGAGGGAAGCGGACAAGCACGACGACCUGAUUGUGGAGAAAUUCCUGGAUUCUUACCUCAACCUGACCAUCAAGACUGUAAUGGGGCUCAAGUGGGCCAGUCGGUUCUGUCCUAACGCGCACUACGUCAUGAAAACCGACGACGAUAUGAUUGUUAACAUACCGAAGAUACUGGCGUACCUACACACGGCGCCUCGACGAGCUCUAGUCACGGGUCGCUUGGCGAAGUCCUACCCUGCGCUCCGCGAUAAACGGGAGAAAUUCUACAUGCCAAGACAUAUCUACUCCAAAUCGACGUACCCAGACUAUUGCCCAGUACCGGAUGGGGGCGAUGAGUUCUGUGUUGUCCCAUCUGAUGUGCUGGAGCUCUUGGUGCAGGUAUUCUGGUCACAGAUCUCAAAAACUCUGCGGAAAAGGGUGCGGUUGACGGACGACUUGAUGGCUGGGUGGUGGAAGGAUCUCUAG